AUGCCGUUAGUCGCAGCAGGCUCAGCAUCGAUAAAUCAACCCCUGAAGAAGCAUAAACUCCUGUGGAAGGCGGUCAAAGUGACAUUUAUGGAAUUUGCUGAAAAGGCAUCCGUGCAUGGUGUGCAAUAUAUUACGGAUCCAAAGGGGAAUAAGUGUACAAAAAUAACAUGGUCAAUAAUUGUCAUUUGUUUCUUCGUAUUCGCAAACGUUUUGGUCAGCGUGUUCUGGCAACGCUACACAAGCAAUCCGACACGCGUCAAUGUCGACACAAAUCAUGCACCGUUGAGUCUAUUGUAUUUUCCAGCUGUCACCAUUUGCAAUAUCGCUCGUAUGAGUUACGAACGUGCGAGUUAUGUUGUCGAUACGAUGAAUCUCCCGCCAAAUUUGGACAAAGAGGAAAUGAUCAAUCUCCUUCGUUUGACAGACGGCUUCAUGCAGAAACUCGAAACGGUUAAUUACACCCAACUUGAAUUGAUGCAAAAUCUGCUUCAGGAAAAUCGUUACGAUGUUUUUAUGACGAUGCAAGGCCUGAUGGUGCCCUGUAACGAUAUGAUCGUAAAGUGCCGUUAUAACGGAGAGAUCGUUGAUUGUGCGCGGCUUUUUGAAAGAUCGUACACGUGGCAGGGGUAUUGUUGUUCCUUUAAUAUUGACACGGAAAAGCGUGAAAAUGUCGUUCGUAAAGCAACAAAAGGAGGCAUCGAUGGCGGUUUAAGUAUGGUAAUUCGCCCUCUUGUGGAAUCCAAAACAAUUUCUCGUGUCUUUACUGACGGAAUAAAAAUGUAUGUGCACGAGAACGACAUCUACCCGAGUGAAGCUAUAACGGAAAAAGUGUUGCCCCAUCAAACGGAAACUUUUAUCGAUAUCAUUCCGGAAGAGACAAUUUCCUCGGAGCAAAUUCGACAAAUUCCAGCCUCAACUCGGGGAUGCGUUUUUUCCGAUGAAAGACCUUUGCAAUACUUUAAAGAAUACAAACGAUACAAUUGCGAAGUUGAGAUUGAAAUGGGCAAAACAAACGCUGCUUGUAAUUGUUUGCCAUUUUAUUAUCCCGACGUCAAGGAUAUUAAAACUUGCCAAUUCAAGGAUAUCCAAUGUCUUUCGGAGAAAUAUGACGAAUUUCGCAAUGACGAACAAAAGGCGGAAAAUUGUCCGAAUCAGUGUAACCAAAUAAGUUAUCGUUUGACGGCGAAUAGUGUCCAAUUAGAGAAUUUUGAGUACACUUAUGAUUCUUUUUACGAUGGACUUAACGAAACUCACAUGAUUGUUCAUGUUUACAUGUCGAGUCAAACAUUUCGUCGUUUCCGCAAAGAUUUACUCUCAAACAUUAUUUUGCUUGUUUCGAAUCUCGGCGGUGUUUACAGUUUAUUCGUUGGCAUGAGUGUCCUCAGUUUCUGUGAAAUUUUGUACUUUGCGACAAUUCGUUUGUACAAAAAGUACAAAUUAGUGAAGCAAAAUGAGAUGUUUAUGAGACAAAAUUUGAAGCCAGCAGCAACUGUCGAACAUAUCAAGGUCGUUACGCCGCCAGUUCAAAUAGAAACCAUCAAACCGUUUAAGAGACCGCAUUUUUCGGGAGGCGGCGGAGUUUUGCCCAGCACAGGAACUACUCCUGUUAUGGGAGGAUUUUUGCAUUAA